AUGAACCCAUACAAACGAGAAGUUCGGAUACUACUUGUUGGAGACGAAAAAGUCGGGAAAACCUCCCUAAUUUUGUCGCUUGUCAGCGAGGAGUUUGCUGAAGAGGUCCCUGCUAGAGCAGAAGAAAUCACAAUUCCAGCAGACGUUACCCCUGAACAUGUCCCAACCUGCAUCGUUGACUACUCAGGUCAAGACCAAGAUGAAAAUGCUCUACAAGAAGAGAUUCGCAAGGCCAGCGUGGUCUGUAUAGUAUACUCUGUGAUAGAUGAAGACUCCAUACAAAGGCUAACCACUUAUUGGCUGCCAUAUAUCCGGUUUACACUGGGUGAAGAUCAUCGAACACCGGUUAUUCUUGUAGGAAACAAAGUUGACAUGACAGAUUUGCAGACUUUAGAAAGUAUACUUCCUAUAAUGAACGACUUUGGGGAAGUGGAAACUUGUGUAGAGUGCUCGGCAAGAACCCUGAAGAAUAUCAGUGAAGUAUUCUAUUAUGCCCAGAAAGCAGUCUUACACCCAACAGCACCUGUGUACAACCCAGAUGAAAAAGAGCUGACACCUUUGGCAAAGAAAGCAUUGACCCGCAUCUUUAGGAUAUGUGACCUGGACAAUGAUAGUUUGCUAAGUGAUGAUGAGAUCAACAUGUUUCAGCUGAAAUGCUUUAAUGCCCCACUCCACCCACAAGCCCUGGAAGACGUGAAAUCUAUUGUGAAGAAAAAUGUUUCAGAUGGGAUCAUUAAAGAUGGCAUCACUCUAAAAGGUUUCCUGUUCCUUCAUACAUUAUUUAUACAGAAAGGUCGGCAUGAAACAACUUGGACGGUGUUACGCAAAUUUGGAUAUGAUGACAAUUUACAGCUUACAUUAGAAUAUGUAUCCCCAAAACUUUCAGUCGGACUUGGAAGUACUACAGAGUUGACAGCACAGGGAUAUCAGUUUCUGGCAAAGCUUUUUGACAAAUAUGAUGAAGAUAGAGAUGGGUGCUUGUCCCCAACAGAGUUACAGAACUUGUUUAGUACCUGCCCAAUCAUGCCAUGGGGUCCAGAUGUCAACAACACAGUGUGCACAAAUGUGCAAGGCUGGGUAACCAUUGAAGGUUACCUGGCACAGUGGACGUUGACAACUUUGCUAGAUGUGAACAGAGCCAUUGAAUUUCUUGCUUACCUCGGAUAUAACUACCUGUAUGAUAACCAACUUUCUGCAAUACAUGUGACACGUGACAAGAAAAUUGACCUGGAGAAACGCCAGACAGCCAGAAAUGUUUUCAGAUGUCAUGUUCUAGGCGCCAAAUCUGUUGGAAAGACGGCUUUCCUGCAAGGCCUACUCCACAGAAACCUGCGCUAUGUCGCCACUCUGAAUCGACAAAAUUUGUCAAAUUUUACCAUCAACACAGUCCAGGUUUAUGGUCAAGAUAAAUAUCUCAUGCUGCACGAAAUUGAUAUGAUGAUGUGUGAAAUGCUGACCCCGACAGAGCUAGACUGUGACGUGGCGUGUUUAAUGUAUGACGUCACAAACCCACACAGUUUUGAAUUUUGUGCCAGGAUGUAUUUGAAACAUUUCAUCGAUUGCAAGAUUCCAACACUUAUAGUUGCAGCGAAAGCAGAGUACCCUGAGGUGAGGCAAGACUAUGAGUUUACACCUGCUCAGUUCUGCAGCCGAUUCAAACUUCCACCCCCUCAGCAUUUUACCUGUAUUGAUAAAGUCAACCAUGACAUCUAUGUUAAACUGGCCACAAUGGCUGCCUACCCCAACCUCAAGCGUCUGGUACACAUGCUGCUAGUUCAUCAGCGCCCACUCUGGCUGGAAGAGAGGAUCAGGCACAUGAAGGGUCUCUUUCAAUCAGGUUCCCAAACAUACGUCCACAUUGGCAUUGGGCUAGCACUUGCUGCAGUGCUCGGGUUUGCAGUCUACAAGAUCUCCACAUCAUCAUCAUCCUCAUCUCCAGUGCGCAGAUGA